AUGGGCAUCAAACGAUCAACAAAUACAACAAGAAGUAAUCUCACCAUAGCAUCUUUCUCGACAGAAUCGCUUUCGCUGAGAGCCGAUCGAAAGUGCUGUGCUCUUCAGAUAAGUCUAGCUCACCGCUGUAUCAUAUCACCACCAUCCCAUAUCGGCAAGCCACCGUAUCGAUGA